AUGAAGUCUGCACCGUACUCUUCUACUGUGCCUUUUGUUCAGCCCACGGCUCAGACCUGCCUGCCUCCCAUCCCGUCCGGCCCGUCCUCCCCUCCGUUCCGGCCCGGCCACAGGCAGCCGGAUGAUCCCGAGCAGAAAGCGUUCCUGCCCCAUCUGGAGAAACAGAGCCAGUACGAGGGCAGCUGUGGCGGCAGCCACUUUGGGUUUCCUGCAGGAAGAGGAGGACACUGUCCGCCAGAGGAGCGGGCAGCAGUUGGAGGAAGGACCACGGAGAGCAGGGCGUCUCGCGUGCUCUCCUCCCGCCCGCGGUCCUACUCCAGCAGCCUGUCCGGGCCACUCCCUCUGCCCCAGGACGGAGGAGGAGGAGGAGGAGGAGGAGGCGGCGCGGGAAGGGAGAAGGUGGUGUACCCUUCCCCACGACGCUCUGUGGAGAGACUAUCCGCCUCCUCCUCCUCCGCCUCCGCUAUGGGUCCAUGUGCUCCCGCGUCCCUCUCCAGCGCUCCUGCCGAGUGCCCCAACUGCAAGAGGGAGAGGAAGAUCAGGGAGGAGUACGACAAGUUCAUCGUUCAGGCGCGCAGGGACAGAGACUCCCUCAACCAGAGAGUGGCAGAGCUGGAGGAGGAGGAAGAGGCCAUGGAGAUUUCAAGAUGUAACACAGCUGAGAUACCUGUCAAUGCAGAGGAGCAGACACCAGGCUCUGCUGAAUCUCCACAGGACAUGGAGUCUCUGAGAGAAGAUGUGGAGUCUCUGAGAGAUGAUCCGACGAGAGAGGAGACUCGGGGAGAGGCAGUGAGCUCCACGCUCAACGGAAAACGACUCCUUCAGCUGGAGAAAGAGAGCAACCAGCUUAAAGGGCAGAUCCUGGCCUUGCAGCGGGAGCUGGAGGUGUCCCGUGAGCAGCUGGAUCAGAGCGCGGCGCGGGAGAAGCUCCGGAGCGAGCGCUUGCACGGCGAGCAGGCCAAGGCUGCCCAGGACACACAGGGGCUUCAAACGCAGCUGAACCAGGCCAGGCAGCAGACGGAGAGCUUGCUGUCAGAGCUGCGGAGUUCCAAGGCAGAGCACGAGAGAUUUAAAGAGAAUGUUGCCCUGACUGUGGCGCAGCUUCAGAAAGAUAAGGAUGAUUUGAUGUCCAAUCUUGAUGAAGUAAGAGAAUGUUAUGAAAAGGUGAAAUCUGAGAAUGCUGUUCUCAGUGAGAGAGUGGAGACUCUGAAGAGAGAGGCGAACCAUGGUCUCCAUGGAAACUCAGGGCCCUCUCAUGUCCACACAGUCACGACCAACACUGAAAUGCUGGUGGUGUCCCACCACGUGUCCCAGCAGUGUUCGGGGGGGGUGAACACAGACAGCAAAUGCUGCUAUACCAGCUGCAGUGGCUUCCAGGAGAGACCUGUGCCUCCGUCUCCAGAGAAACCACCAGAGGACAGGACCGAACAGGAACCCAGUCCACUCAGAACCGAACCACCAGAGGACCCAGAGAACGGGACCGAACAGGAACCCAGUCUACUCAAGACCAAAGAUGCCUUCAAGCAACUGAGGAGGGAGCACAGCCUGUUGCUGGAUGUGAUGCUGGUCCUGUACAAGAGGGAGUGGUUCGCCCAGGAGGCCGUGCCCUACGUCCGACGCACGCUCAGCAAGUGUGGGAUGAAGGUGGAUGAGAUGAACUGAAUAAGAUGGAGUUGAAGAAGAUGGAGUGAAAGAAGGACAUGACAGAAAAACUCAAAACUCAGUACAUUGCUUUAUGUAUAUCACUGUCCCCUGAUCAGUACAUCACUCAUAUGUAUCACUGUCCCUUGAUAUCUGCAACACACAGAACCUGAUGUCUGUAAUCACUGAGUGAGUUUGUGUCAUUUAGGAGUUUACUGAGUGGCAUCACAAAACCUUUAUUUGUAAAAAGCUACUUUGAGUUAGUUUACAGAAUUCCUGUUGAACACAUUGUAUAUUGAACAUUAAGAUCGUUGCUUUAUUUUGCACAUGAAAAACAUAUACGGACAUGU